AUGGCCACCAGGGAUUUGGUGAUGGGAAUUAUGUUCUUAUUCCAGACUACAUUUGGGAUUUUGGGGAAUUACUCUCUUUAUCAUUAUAUCUUCUUUUACUUCAAAGGAUGCAGGGUAAGGUUCACUGACUUGAUUCUCAAGCACCUAACUGUAGCCAACUUCUUGGUCAUUGUCUUUAAAGGAGUCCCCCAUACAAUGAAAGCUUUUGGGUUGAAAAUUUUCCUCAGUGAUUUUGGAUGCAAAUUUGUUUUGUACAUUCUUAGAGUGGGCAGGGGAGUGUCCAUGAGCAGCACCUGCCUCUUGAGUCUUUUCCAGGCCAUGACCAUCAGUCUCAGGAAGUCCAGGUGGCCAGAGCUAAAAGCACAAGCUCUCAAGUGCACUGGUUCCUGCAUUAUCCUGUGCUGGAUUCUGUACACGCUGGUAAAUAUUAUUUUUCUUCUUUAUAUUACUAGCAAGGGUAAUAAAAACAUCACAAAGGAGAAAAAUUUAGGAUACUGUUCUGGGAUAGGUCAUAACAAAAUCACACAAUCACUCCUUGCAACACUUUUAACUUUUCCUGAUGUUGUUUGUUUGGGACUCAUGCUCUGGGCCAGCAUCUACAUGGUUUUCAUCCUGUACAGACACAAGCAGCGGGUCCAACACAUUCACAGGAACAGCAUCUCCCCCAGAUCCUCCCCUGAGACCAGAGCCACCCAAACUAUCCUUGCUUUGGUGAGCACUUUUGUAUUUUUUUAUACCCUCUCUUCUCUCUUAUCAAUUUAUUUAGCUCUUUCUGAUAAUCCUAGUUGGUGGCUGCUACACACUACUGCUCUAAGUGCUUUAUGUUUUCCAACAGUCAGUCCCUUUCUUAUUUUAAGCCAUGACUCCAGAGUAUCUAGGCUCUGCUCUGCCUGCUGCAGAAGAAACACCCAAUUUCCUGAAGUAUUUAGAUAA